GAGACCGGUGAAGCCCUGGCGGUCGGGCUCGCUCGCUCACUCGUCUCCCUCCCCCACCCAGCCCCAUCUCAUCUGCUUCCGGCGACACUCAGACUCCCUCCACCGCAGCCGGCGAGGCGACCCCCACCCCACCCUCGCCGGGAUUCACCGCCCGCUCCGCCACUCCGCAACCAAGCAAUCAAGUCGCUCUCGCCUGGGGACGAAUUGGGGUGGGGGAUUUGGGGAUGGAGGAGCAGUUCAUCCUCCGGGUUCCCCCCUCCGUCGCGGAGCGGAUCGAGCGCCUCAUGAACGAAUCCGCCGCCGCCUCCUCCUCUUCCAACCCCGAAGACGCGUCCCUCGACCUCUCCUUCUCAGAGGAUGGAAGAAAUGGCACAUUUAUGAUUGGGAAUGAAAGCUUUCCUGCAUCACUCUUGGAUCUCCCAACUGUUGUGGAGUCAUACAAGACAUAUGAUGAUUCAGUGCUAAUUAAAACAGCUGAUAUUGGUCAGAUGAUUAUGGUAAGAGAAGAAGAAGAUCCUGCUCCAGAAGGAGUUGAAUACAAGCAUGGUCUUACUCCUCCAAUGAGGGACGCACGCAGGCGGCGUUUCCGCAGGGAGCCUGAUUUGAAUGCCGAACUUGUUCACCGAGUUGAGAAGGAUCUCAUUAGUAUUAUGCAUGGGGUAUCUAUCAACCAGAAUGCCAGUGCAAUUCUAAGGGCAGGAGAAGGUGGCGAUCGUAAGAAAGCGGGACCAGCUCCAGCAACCAAACCUAAUGUCAAACAACCUGCUGCAAAUGGCGAAGAAGCUGAGGCAGAGAGGAGUGACUCUGAUGAGUCCGUUGACCCGUAGAAUUCAAGUGGACAGGAAUGAUAAAUAAUCCUGCUCCUAUGCCCGAGCACACCCAGUUGACUUAGCAGUUCAUAUCACAGGGAAGGUUACUAUGUACGGACUUGCUGUCACUGUUACGGCAUGUUAAUAUUUGUGUAUGUAAAAUUUGAUGCGACGCUGGACCCUUGGGAUGAGAAGAUAUGGCUGCUCCUGGAUGAAAAUACACUGAUGCUUCACUGAGAAUCUAGCAAUCAGUCGUUCUAGUCUGAUUUUUACUCGUAUUUGUGUGCCUAUAGACAAGUGUAUGUCCUGGAUCGAUGUUUACCAGGUUUUGGGUACCCAAGUCAAAUUAGUAUUGAAGAUUGCUAAAUCUAAAAUGGCAUGGUUUUGUAUGAUUUGCA